UCUCGCGAGAGGAGUCCGACCGAAGUUUCCCCCCUAUUCUAUCCACUAGAGCGGCGUUUCCACCGGUCCACGGUUGAAAUGAAGGCUGUAAUCCUCGCCGCCGGGUACGGGACCAGGCUCCAGCGGGACGUAGUAGCCGACAGCAGCGGGAGGUUCGCUCACCUGGCGGGCACUGCCAAGCCGCUGCUCCCGGUGGGACCCUGCCCCCUAAUAUCCCACUGGGUCCACGCGCUGACCGCCUCGGGCUCCGUGGACGGCAUAUAUGUUGUUACCAACGCUCUUCACCACGCUGCAUUUGAAGAGUGGGCGUCCCAGUUCCCAAAUGUCGAGAUUCUCAGCGAUCAGACCAGAAGCAACGAUGGCCGUCUCGGUGCUGUGGCCUGCCUGCAACUGGCUGUAAACCACUUCCACAUAGAAGACCACGUCUUAGUGAUUGGGGGGCCCUCCUAUUGUCCCUGUUUCUACGUGUUUUCAAAGAAAAGCCUUCCUCUGUUGGAUGCCUUCCUCGAGGAAAAGAAGGAGGCUCUUAUUGAUGAGAAAGACGCCCCAGGAAACUUUGUCUCUUGGCUCAUUCCCAGGAAGCCGGUGUACAUUCAUCAGAUUUCGGGGCGCUUCGACGUUGGAAACCUGCCGUCCUAUAUCGAAUGUGAUCUCUACUUCAGAGAAAAUCUUCAAGAUGGUGGCUCUUACAUGGUCUAGAGGGAACCCCGUAUUUAUUACACCACGCUAAAACCUGAUCCAAGACCAGCACAAAACCAAUGGCCAAAUUCAAGAGACUGUAACUGUAAAUUAGCCUUUAAAUGAUGUUUGUAAUUUCAUAAUGAAAAUUUUAUAAUUU